UGCAAGUAUAAGCACCCUUAUCCUAUUGGAUACCGUGCAACUAAAUCCCAUUUUGGCAAUGAUUAUACAAUGGGUAUUUCUGCAGGGGCUGAAGGUCAAGCGCCAGUUUUUACUGUACAGCAUAAGUCAACUAUUUGGACAGGAAAUACACCCACAGCACCUUGGACAGAAGCAUGUAUUAAAAGUAAAUCUAGUAGCACUCGUGUGAGUGGUCCUUUGUUUUAUGGGUUCUCUGAUUCUAUUACAAUGAAACUAAUUGAAAACUUGGAUGGAUAUAAUGAAUCAAGCUUACCCGAGGAAGACUAG